GGACUGAAAGGACUGACUCUGACCGGCCUCCGCGAGGCCGAGGUGGCUUCGCCCGGGGAGGGCGUGGUCGAGGCCGGGGAGGAUUCUUCGGCGGACGCGACUUCCGUGGCAAGAGAGAAUUCGAACGGCACAGCGGCAGCGAGAAAAGUGGCGUGAGGCCGUCGGAGAAGCGGGAAGGGGGCGGAGCCUACAACUGGGGAAGCCAGACCGACGCCGCAGAGGACCUGAACAUGACUGCUGGAAGCGCUGAGGAGAACCCCGAAUGGACCGCACCGACCGAAGAAGGCGAGAACUCGGAACCCAAGGAAGGCGCAGAGGGCGAGCAAGCCCCCGGCGAGCAGGAACCCAAGGAAAUGACUCUGGAUGAGUGGAAGGCACUCCAGGCCAAGGACACCAAACCCAAGUCUGGCUUCAAGCUCAGGAAGGCUGGGGAGGGGGAGGACCUCACCCAGUGGAAGAAGACUUAUGUUCUCAAGAAGGGACAAGAGGAAGAGGAUGCUGACAAGUACGGCCAGGACCAGCGAGGCCCGGGGGUCGGAGGUCGCGGGGAGCGCGGACAAAAGCAGAUGCCGGUCGAGCUCAACUUCCACUUCGCCGACUCCCCCCAGCGCGGCGGGCGUGGCGGCCGCAGGGGAGGGCGUGGCGGUGGCCGUGACGACCGUCCGCGUGGCGGGCGUGGCCGCGGCGGUUUCCGUAGCAACGGGGCGGACCCGGCAGGCGCCUACAUCAACGUCGAUGACGAGGCGGAUUUCCCGCAGCUGGGCAAGUAGACCCAGAGGUCGAAGGUCGUUGCCACGUUAGCUCGCUCUCUCAAGACGAGUUUCCGACCGUCACCUUCUUCUGAUGUCCGCAGAUUCAACCCUUAGGCAGCUUUGAGACGUCUGUGAUUUAGGAAGGGGGAGGGGGGGCGCUAGUUCGAGUUUGCCUUGUAUAAAGGAUAUAAAUGUUUGGACAUUGGCAAGAAAAUCUCUCUGUGCUACUUACUUAAGCUACAUCCACCAUUCCGUGCUGUCCAAGUAGGGGAGGGAAGGACGUAAGAGUUAAGGAAAUCACUGGGUGUAGGUAGUUCUUUAAUCAAAAUUUUCUCGGGGCAUUCAUUAAAUAUCAUGAUGGAAAAAAGGAAGGGAUGAUAUUUUGAGGAUACUGCGGCAUCAGUGGAAGGUGGCGUUGGUGACAAGUUUGAGAGAAUGUUUCGGCGACGACCAGACGAUGUUAAGAGAAGAGUGGACUUGGCGGCACCUGUCUGUAGAUUCGAACCUUCUACAGAGGAGAGAGAGGCAGAAGAGAACUGUUGAGUAGUUUGCUAGCUUGACGAUUUCUGUUUGUACAAAAAUAAAGCGAUUGUUGGUUGUGGUGGGGGUAAAAAAAAAUGAUAACAAAAAUUCUGGGCUUUUUUCUCUGCGUACUUGAAAGAGAGAAAACAACCCAGUGAGGCUACACAAUAUAUAUAUAUACUACCCAAAGAAAUUAUCCUAGCUGAGAGAAGUACACUAUAGGGCGGCAUGACGUGUAUAACGAUGUAUUGUGUAUUUGUUGAAUCAUCUCUGCACCUAACAGAGGUUCUACCCAAUGGAGAUAUUUUUGGAAUCAUGAUAGUAAAAAAAAUAAAAUAACUGUUUUUUUGAGGACUGUAAAAAGCAGAAUGGAUGCCAACAGAACUCGAACUUGAAAGAGAAUCCAGGAAUUUGAACUUGAGUUUAUCACAUCCUUUUCUAAGAACUGUUUGUCAAUAGUAUGCUAUGCAGUGAUUUUUUUUUUUUUGGUCGAAGUCCACUUUGUUUGAAAAGGACAUUAUUAGUGUUUUGAGUCCGAAAGCUGCAUUCAUUGGUCACGAAAUGGGAAAGGUUUUCGUGGUAGCGUUACAACUACCGCCGUACGACCAACUUGAACUGUUUUGUUUUAUAUAUUUUUAUUUGAGAAGUAUCAGAAGAAAAGAGAAUAUUGCUACGGAGUCUAAAGACAAAGAUAGAGAUGAAGUAACAGAGACGUGUAUAGAGUAGACCUCUCCAGUCUCACCUUCUCUGGGGUUAGAUUUACUUUGCCGAUGUGACACUAGUACGUCUUUGAAGCUCAGUUCUGUUAGCGGGCACGUUUUGUACAACCGACCGAUUUAUCCUUACCCUCAGAAAACUUGUCGACUGUGCAGAGAAAAAGCAACAUUGUAGAUACAUAUCUGUGCAGGACAUAAACGUAUGUUUGUUCGUUCAUUGGACAAAGAGAAGGAGGGAAGCGACGCUUGUUGUGCUUAUAUGAUGUUUUCCACUCCUACAUACAGUAAUGCAGACAAGCGAUGUGGAACAUUCAAUAGACUGUACAUAUUUGCAGCCGUGACAGCAUUAAUACUCAUUUCUGAAUACUUGCACCCCUGUCAGACUUUUCCCACAUCACCCAGUUACAGUAUGGCUAUGAGGUGUUCUUGAAACGAUGCAUGGGAGUUCGACAAAGCUAUUUGGUAAAAAGUUCGGCGACUUGGUACCAUCGCUGUUCAUGAUACUUUGCAGAGGACGGCGUGUUGUACACAUUCUUAUGCCAGCUUUCUGCCUAAUUGCGAUUUUAAAGUCGUUCCCAGUAUAUCGAGAACACCAUCAGGAUUGUGCCAUGAUUUUGGGGGUGAAUUUAGGAGUUUGGUGGGGGUGAAAACUGUCUCAAACCACGAAAUUUCGGAAGUUCUGGCUGCUGUGCGUCGUCCAGUCGACUCUUCCUGCAUUCAACAUCCAAGCUUUGUUCUCGGAAACAGACCUUCUGUCACACGUACCUCUCUCAGUGCUCAAAUAAAACCGAUAAGUUUGAA